GCUACUCUCUCUCUCUACCUCUCUGUAUUUCGCGCUCAACCACCUCCUAGGGCUCCCUCGAGCUCUCCCUCGAGCUCUCCCUCGAGCACUCCCUCACACACCCAAACUAAUAACACUAUAUAUAGAUAGAUUGAUAGAUAUAGAGAGAGGGAGUAAGAGGAGUGCUCUGAGCUCUGUGUGCAUUCUGACUUCGAUUGAUGGCGUCAAAUUACGAGCUGGUGCGCACCGUUUUGGGCGUUUCGGUUUCGGAUUCGGUACUGCUGAUUGUCACCACCUCCGCCGCCCUGCUGAUUGGACUUCUGGUCUUCGUAUGGAAGAAAUCUUCGGAUCGUAGCAAGGAACAGAAGUCGCUGGCGGUGCCGAAGUUGCCGCUGCGGGAAGAAGAGGAAGAUGAAGUCGAUGCUGCUUUGGGGAAGACCAGGGUUGUGGUUUUCUUCGGAACUCAAACCGGUACCGCUGAGGGAUUCGCCAAGGCUUUGGCAGAGGAAAUCAAGGCUAGGUAUGAAAAAGCAGUUGUGAAAGUUGUUGACCUGGAUGACUAUGCAAUGGAUGAUGAUCAAUAUGAAGAAAAGCUGAAGAAAGAGUCACUUGCAUUUUUCAUGUUGGCAACAUAUGGAGAUGGAGAACCAACUGACAAUGCUGCAAGAUUUUACAAAUGGUUCACUGAGGGUAAAGAUGAGAGGGGUACCUGGCUUCAACAGCUCACAUAUGGUGUUUUUGGCUUAGGUAACCGACAAUAUGAACAUUUUAACAAGAUAGGUGAAAUAGUUGAUCAAGAAUUUAGUGAACAAGGUGCAAAGCGUCUUGUUCCACUAGGGCUAGGUGAUGACGAUCAAUCCAUUGAGGAUGAUUUUGUUGCUUGGAAGGAAUCUCUAUGGCCUGAGUUGGAUGAGUUGCUCCGAGAUGAGGAUGAUGCAAAUACUGUCUCCACUCCUUAUAAGGCUGCUAUUCCUGAAUAUCGAGUGGUUAUUCACAAUUCAACUGUCACAUCAUGCAAUGAUAAUCACCUAAAUGUGGCAAAUGGGAAUACUGUGUUUGAUAUUCACCAUCCUUGCAGGGUUAAUGUUGCCGUUCAAAGAGAACUUCACAAACCUGACUCUGACCGAUCUUGCAUACAUUUGGAGUUCGACAUAUCAGGGACUGGCAUAAUAUAUGAAACUGGUGACCAUGUGGGUGUUUUUGCUGAAAAUUGUGAUGAAACUGUUGAAGAAGCUGGAAAAUUGUUGGGUCAGGAUUUAGAUUUGUUGUUUUCCCUUCACACUGAUAAUGAGGAUGGUACUCCCGUAGGAGGAUCUCUUCCACCUCCUUUCCCUGGCCCUUGCACACUGCGCUUUGCUUUAGCUCAUUUUGCAGAUCUCUUGAACCCCCCACGCAAGGCUGCUUUAGUGGCUCUGGCUGCACACACUUUGGAACCCAGUGAAGCAGAUAGAUUAAAUUUCUUCUCAUCUCCUCAGGGAAAGGAUGAGUACUCCAAAUGGGUGGUUGGAAGUCAGAGAAGUCUCCUUGAGGUUAUGGCUGAGUUCCCAUCAGCAAAGCCACCCGUUGGUGUUUUUUUUUCUGCAGUAGCCCCUCAUUUACAACCUCGUUAUUAUUCUAUUUCAUCGUCACCUAGGUUUUCCCCUCAAAGGGUACAUGUAACUUGUGCAUUGGUAUGCGGUCCAACUCCUACUGGAAGAAUUCACAAAGGAGUAUGUUCAACCUGGAUGAAGAGUGCCAUUCCCUUGGAGAAAAGUCAUGAGUGUAGUUGGGCUCCUAUUUUUAUCAGAACAUCAAACUUCAAGUUACCGGCUGAUCAUUCCAUUCCUAUUAUUAUGGUUGGUCCUGGAACUGGCUUGGCACCUUUCAGGGGAUUCUUACAGGAAAGAUUGGAUCUGAAAGAGAAUGGUAUUCAAAUUGGAACUGCAUUACUCUUCUUUGGAUGUAGGAAUCGUCAAAUGGAUUUUAUUUAUGAGGAUGAGCUAAACAAAUUUCUGGAACAAGGUGCUCUGUCAGAGUUGAUAGUCGCGUUCUCGAGAGAGGGACCUGAAAAGGAGUAUGUUCAACACAAGAUGAUUGAUAAAGCAGCAAAUUUGUGGAAUUUGAUUUCUCAAGGAGGUUAUCUUUACGUCUGUGGCGAUGCUAAGGGUAUGGCAAGAGAUGUUCAUCGGACCCUUCAUACCAUUGUCCAGCAGCAGGUGCUGAUUGUCUCUUUUCAUCCAUUCUUUUCCCUAUCACUUAGGCUUGGAAUCGUCUCCUUUUGUUAGUCCCACUCAUUCAUAUAGGCCGUCACUUUUAACAUGAGAGAAU